AUGGCAGCUUCCAACCACACCAGCCCUGCUGUAUUCCUCCUGACAGGCAUCCCAGGACUGGAAAAUGCUCAUGCCUGGCUUUCCAUCCCUCUGUGCUCCAUGUACAUCACCGCCAUCCUAGGGAACUGCACAAUCCUGUUCAUUAUAAGGACAGACCCAAGCCUCCAUCAACCCAUGUACUUUUUCCUGAGCAUGCUGGCUGUCACUGACCUGGGUCUGUCAGCUUCCACUUUGCCUACGAUGUUAAGCAUCUUCACAUUUAAUGUGAGGGAGGUUCACAUUGAUGCUUGCAUUGCCCAGCUGUAUUUCAUCCACACCUUCUCCCUCAUGGAGUCAGCUGUGCUGCUAGCAAUGGCCUUUGACCGCUUUGUGGCCAUCCACCAGCCCUUGAGGUACAACUCCAUCCUGACCCAUGCCACUGUUGCCCGGAUAGGGCUGGGGUUUGCCGUGAGGAGUGUACUCAUGGUCAUGCCAACCCCCAUUCUCCUCCGCAGGCUGCAGUUCUGCUUUCCCAACAUCCUCUCCCACUCCUUCUGCCUUCACCAAGACGUCAUGAAGUUGUCCUGCUCUGACAGGAGGAUCAACAGCAUCUACGGCUUGUUCGUUGUCAUCUCCACAAUGGGCUUGGACUCGAUGCUCAUUGUCCUCUCCUAUGUCAUGAUCAUAAAGACCGUGCUGAGCAUUGCCUCCAAAGAGGAGCGCCUCAAGGCUCUGAACACCUGUGUCUCCCAUAUCUGUGCUGUCCUCACCUUCUACAUCCCUAUGAUUGGUAUCUCCAUGAUCCACCGGUUUGGGAAACAUGCCUCCCCACUUAUCCAUGUCUUCAUGGCCAUUGUUUAUGUGCUGGUCCCACCUGUGAUGAACCCCGUUGUGUACAGUGUGAAAACCAAACAGAUCCGGCAGAGGAUAAUUCAGAAGCUCCAGAGACAAAACACCAUGGACAAGAGCUAA